GGCGAGCAGGCGGGACUGCACCCCGCCGGCUCGGGCGGCCUGGACGCCAGCGGCGGCGGCGGCAGCGGCAUGCCGCGCAGGCCCAGCAUCGGCGGAAGGCUGGUGGCCUCGCCCGGCGGCUCAAACAUGGUGGAGGUCGUGUCGCCGCACGACGUGCUGCUUCCCGGGCUGUACGAGAACUGGAUAGUGAUGGAGUACUGCGACAAGGGCAGCCUGUCGGACCAUCUGUCGGCGGGGCGGCUGCCGCCCAUCGCCACCGCGCUGCGCCAGCGCGAGGUGCACGUCGUGCUGUGCCUGCUGGACAUCGCCCUGGGCCUCAACUACCUGCACAGCGCCGGCAUCGUGCACGGCGACCUCAAGCCCGCCAACGUGCUGCUCAAGGCGGCGCGCAAUGACCGCCGCGGCUUUGUGUGCAAGCUGGGCGACUUUGGGCUGAGCCGCAUGCUGGGGCAGGGGCAGAGCCACGUGGACACGACCAGCUACGGCACCCCCUCUUACGCCGCGCCCGAGCUGCUCAAGGAGGGCAGGCUGACCAAGGCCGCAGACAUCUAUUCCCUGGGGAUCAUGGUCUGGGAGAUGGUGGCGGGCGAGCCCCACGGCGGCGACUUGACGACCAUGCAAAUCAUUCUGCAGGUCUCGCAGAACAAGUACCGCCCGCAGGUGCCCGCCCACUGCUCGCCUGUGCUGGGCGAGCUCAUGCAGAGCUGCUGGAGCGAGGACCCUGCAGACAGGCCCACGGCCUCUGCUCUGGUGGACAAGCUGAGGGGCCUCGUCACGCCGCUGCUGCGUGCCAGCGCCACGGUGCCGGUGCUGGCGGCUAGCGCGGCCCAGGCGCCUGCCGACCCCUCGGUGACCUCUUGAAAAAAAGGUAUCCCGGUACUUUCCCAAUUCCUCCCUCUCCUACGAAUCCCCUUGUUACGAGUUGCUUGCCUAUAUGCGUUCAAGAAUCCAACAAACCCCAAGCGCUGCCAUUAUUCACCAGACUCCCCUUUCUUGCCACAUGCCUUCUCUCCAUCACAUGCACACCCCUGCCCUACCGUGUGCGUGCCGUAUCGUUUCUUCACCACAGCUGGCCGUCCUGGCCACCUGCCGAUUCGUUGCUUUCUGCUUUGUAUCCCUCUCACAAACACAUGCCCGCUGCUCGAGCAGCGCAUUCCUGCCAUGCAACCGAAUUCCCUUUACAUCGUCAAGGCUGUU